AUUCACAGCCAUGCCAGCAGAGUCUACAGAACUUGUUAAACUUGGAUCUACAUUAUGGUGAAGUGACAUCUCUUUGGCGAGAGUUGCUCUGGAAAACUGUAAAUAUUUACUAAACAUCAGUAUGUUUACCGGAGUUAGUUUACGCUUGAAUAGGAAGCAACAGAUGCAGUGGAAUCGUGGCAGCACUGUGUGAAAGUGUCUCUUACUGCAUCUUUUCGGAGGCAAUAUUUUCCUCACACCUGCGAGAGAUGGGGAAAAGGAAAGAAAGCAGUUCCGACGAUGAAGGUGUAAUUGACAAUACACCAAUAAAGAAGCACAAGAAACACAAGCAUAAGAGGCAUAAGAAACGCAAAACUGCAGAAGAUGGUACAGAGUAUGAAGAUACUGAGCAGGCUAAAGCAGCAGCCUUCAGACUUAAAAUUAAGUUUCAGAAAGAAGCAGCUGAAAAGAAUGCAACGAAUGUGCAAGAAAAAUCUAAAGAUAAGUCGUCUCCUACGAAACCUGUCGAAAAACAAGGGUCUUCGCCGAAAGCAUCAAAAAAGAAGAGAGUCAAAGGAAAGGAAAGUGGAACGUCGAGUGAAGAGGAGAGGUGGUUAGACGCAAUAGAAUCUGGUAAGCUGGAAGAAGUUGAUGACGAACUGAAGAAAAUUAAGCCGAAGGAUCCCAAGUUGAUGACUGCAAGACAGAGGGCUAUGUUCGAGCGGAAAACCGAUAAAGAAUGUGGGCCUGAAUCUGAACAGCUGUUGGCGUUGCCUUCUGGAUAUAAAGAAAAGGUAAUGACAGCAGAAGCUAUUGAAAAGGCAGCAUUAAAAUCGAAAAAGCGAAAACAGUUAGCAAACGAGAAGCGCGAGAAAGAUAAGAAAAAGACAAUGGAACGAUUAUUGAAGAAACAGGAAUCAAAAUCGGGAAAAGCAACUAUCAAGCACAGAACAGAACGUCAGCAAGGGCCAUGUGAGACCUAUUAUAAUGGAACGUUGGGUGUAGUACUAGCAAUGCCGCCUGGUGCAGACUUUCCUAUCAAACCUCAGAAAGCUCCAGCAGUGCCUGUUAUGAAGUACUGCGGCGUUUCAGGUUGUAAAAAUAUCAAGAAAUAUUCUUGUUCAAAAACAAAAGUACCACUUUGUAGUUUAGAGUGUUAUAAGCGUAACUUGGAGCUAUGGAUGUCAUGAACAUGCCCUACAUUUAAGGAACUGUUACAUUUGUGAAUUGUUAAUUAUUCAGAAAUUGCCCAAAGAGACUUGAGAAUUGUACAGGGUGCAAGGUAACAUUUAUUUAUAUUUAAAUGAAGGUGUAAAAUUGUUUUUUAUUCACAUUUUUUAAUACAGAACAUCAUAACAUAGGUGCCCUACAUAUUGUUCUUAAUCUGACUGUAAUUACACACAUACACAAAUAUUUAUUUCCAGACCGCUAGUGGGAAACAGCACAGUGCUAAAUUCGAUUGUGAUAAGAAUGGAAUUUAACACUAUGCUUGUAACAUACUUCGUGUCUUGCAAGCAGUUUUAUAUCCUUGUUUGGGCCUUAUGGAAAGGCAAAUGAAGUUGUGCAGCUGGUAGAGCAUUAAAGUGCUGUAGGAACAUUCCAUGCUUUUGGGUGUGAACAGGUUUCCGGCAAUGUAAUAAGAUUAAUACAUCACAUAUCGUUUUUAUUAUUUUCUAGAACAUAGUGAACAGUUUUCCCACCACAGAAUUCACAGACAAAUGUGAGUUUGUGAUGGUUCCCCCACCUGAAAUGUUGGUUGCCGUGACAGACUGAUUUGUUGUGUAGUGCGAGAUCUAGGUUUGGUUGUAAGCUGCUAAGUAUUUCAGAGUUGUUUUGUUACAAUUGAUGAGCCACACUUUUCCUGUUUCUGAUGACUUCAGUUGCCUGUUAAACUGAAUAGGUAAUUCCACCAAGUUUGUAAUAUACUAUAAACUUUUUACAACACGUAGAAAUAAAACAGAAAUAACAUUUUUCAAUAUGAAUGACAUUUAUAACAUUUUAGUAAUCUGACUGCUAUAAUCAGUAUUUCUUGUGGGUGUGUGAAGCAUGCAAAAAAUGAGUAACAUCAUGUCUUUAAAUUUUCAUGCAGCAACUGAAAUGUUACUGUGUCUGAAAUAGUGUUUGUUCACAUUACAAGUGCUGAUACUCUAAAAUUUUGAAUUUCUGAUUCUUGAUUAAUUGUUGAAACAAACCAUGCAUUUUCUUCUUAAUGUGGCCUUCUUCACCAUCGCAGCUGUUCCUGCACUAGAAUCUAGAAGUUUUUAAUAUGUCUUCAACUUUCUACUAAAUAAUAGAAAGCACUUCUUCUGAAGUACAAUGAUAUUGUUAGUUUUGUUACAAUACUGCAACACUUCGUAAAAUGUUCAUGUUCAUAUGUGUGGUAUGAUCUUAAAUCCAUUCUAUAUGACAUUAAUGAUAGUUUCUUAGAUCUGGCAACGAACGAGUAGUCUUACGUCCUCUGUAGCAUCAGCACCAUUGUCAAGAUGCCUGAUUUAUUGGGUGGUGCACCCGACUUCUCAGAUCUGGGAUGUCAUAGCACAGAAUAACCUCCAGCCAACAGGUACUGCAGUGUGUGUCAAAAUUGCCAUUGUUGUCCCGCCUUGAAGACGGUGGAAUCCCUGCGUAUCAGUGUACAUACACAAACAAUGAAAAACUUCAAAACCCCAUAAUUAGCUAAUAAGAAUACUAUCACUGUGGCGAUCAUCAUUUGUUGGCUAAGUAGACAUUUGGUAACACUCCACUUUACCAAAAGUGAUAACUUACACCACAGAACAUGAAUGCCACUUUUAAUGUAGACAUUUUGAAAUCUGUUUUAUGGAGGGAGAAAUUACAACAAAUACUCAUAACACUUCAUAAAUUAUACAUAAUAUUUUCGUUGCCUGUUCAGGAAGAAAGUAAUAUUGUUCUUAUCUUUGUUGCGGUAGCUUGCUGACCACACAUUGUAAGGCACGUCACCUGAAUUUCACCCUUUCAACAUUACCUUGAUAUACAUAUAAAUUACAAUAAAUAUUUUCCUGUUUUCCACUUUGAACAUUGCAAUCUAUUUAUGUCGUUUAUCAUCACUUUCAAUAUAUGGAGAUAUUUUCGUUAAGUGAGAGUUGGUAGUCAUAGUACAUAUGAUUGUAUUUUAGCACUCUUAGUUUUGCUGGCUGAAUUUGGCUCCAAAGCCACAGCUUUUUCUAUUUCAGGCUGACAAGUAUGGUCAUUCAAUAGAUUGGAAUCUAUUUUGUUUGGAGCCCUCUAAUUGCUUCUACAGUCUCUUAUCUUUUCGAACAGAUCUCGCGUGAUUCUGAGACUGCUUCAGUUGGUACAAACAGGGUUGUUAGUAUUGUAUAUUUUCCCUUGCAUGUUGGAGUUAAUAAGUAUGUUAUAUAAUUGCAUUGUGUAAACAUAAAAUUUAGUAUGCAAAUAUAGUGAUUUGAAGUAUUUUACAUAUAUUGUACACUUAAGCUCCAUUUGCCAUUUGAAGAGAUUAUUCUGUGCUAUUCCUGAUUCAGUUUAUAAUAUUCAUUUGAAUUUAUCUUGGUAACUGAUGCCUGGUUUUAUCGGUACACUUCAGUUAAAAUCAUAUUUCUAUAAAUAUUAAUUGUUCAAAGAAAUCAAAUAGGUUGCGUAUUUAAUUUCAUAGAUGUGACCUUUUUUAUUACUUUAAACUGAUGUGUAAAGAAUUUGAAGUGAAUAGGUAUAUGCAAAUAAAAUCAGAUGUAUUCCUUCCCUGUCAAGAACAGUUUUUACCCUACUUCUAGAAUAGUAAUUUUAUUUAUUUAUAAUCCAUUAUAAAAUUUUCCAUACAGUUGCGACAAACGAGUAAUAGAUUUAUAACUAGAUUUAGGGCCUAUCCACAGAACUGCUCACUUUUGACAAAGUUAUUUGCACAAUAACAAUCCUAAUUUUUCAGAGAAAUUCUCUCCAAAAGAACAAUCCAGCAUUUAGUUGGAGCAAGGAGUAAUUAUUGAUUACAUUUGAUGAUAAAAGUUUCCCAAUGAUGCGGGAAUUUCACAUCAGUAACUUCCCUGUCAGACAAACUUGGUCCUCUCACUGCAUUUCUAAAAUGAUUUUUAUUUCAUUAAAUACAAGAAUACACUUUUCCCUAAAGCUUUACGUUUAUCAGCGAUGAAAUUAAGUUCUCUGUAAGUGGGCAGUGAGAGGGCUUAGUGUUUUGCGUUAAAACAAAAAUUGUACAUACAUGUUCUUUCCUAUAAGCAAAGCGUCGUGUAUCAUAGUUUUUUAAAUGCUGUACAAGUAUGCAGUCUGAUGAAGGCUGAACAGACCUAUUAGUUUGUGUACUUAGUAUGUUUAAGUAAAGUAGAUUGAUGCAUAGAGAUGGAUUUGACCCUACUAUCAUUUCAUCUGAUUUGAGCCAAACAUGAAGAUAAUGACAUGUAUCCAAGGUAGUACACUAUUUGUCAACUAUUUCUUGAACCUUAAUAGCGCGAGGUGUGGAAGAAAUUAGACCUGUCCCUGCUGUGAGUAGAGGGUCAGUGUGGAGGGAGCAAGCUCCACUUGCUUCAUUCAGUUCAGUGACUAUUAUCUGUGUGCUUGUGAUAUGGUAACUUUCCCUUUCUGAAAAGUAAUCAAAGAUUUCACCUGCCAUGCACCAGAAAAUAUUCCUCCACUCAUUUAACCACAAGAACAUAGUGACUGCAAAGGCUAUAAAGUUGUUAUUGAACAUAGUAUUGUGUGAUUCCUAAGGUUGGCAGAGACUAGAAACAAAAAUAGACUUAUCUGCAUUAGUGGAAUUAUUUAACGCAGCUCACUGUAGUCAUAUUGUUAAAUGCCGCAUAAAACAAUGACUUGUUACAUUAUCUGCUAGAUUAUUUCAUAGUAUGAAUCAUGUGCUAUCACAAAUGUUCUAUUAUCAUUGCAAUUACAUGUUGCACGUAUUAAUAAAGACAGUGUACAUAUUA